UAUAACACUGCGGGAAGUGAUCGUUGUUCAUUGAAUUGUAUUUACGAAUUUAUUUGAAUAUACAAGUUUGUCACGACGUUAAAGAUUUUUAUAUAACUCUCAGAAACGUCCCUGAUCUCUUUUCUUAUUUCUCUGAAUGCUAAGCAUUUCUGUAGAUAUUUUUACGAUACGUUCUUCCGUAACCUUAUAAUGUGUGCCAAAGUGGUGAAACGAGCCCCUAGAAAGAAGGGAGCUUAUAAAUUGCCGGAUCCGAUAUCUGCUGGCGAGAUAUUAACUGACAUAGCUAAGAAACAGUGGAUUCUUGGGAAGUCUAUCGGAAUAGGAGGCUUCGGCGAAAUUUACUCCGGUGCCCCUUAUAAUGGAAAAGGUCCAAAAGAUUAUCCUAACGUAAUUAAAAUAGAACCACAUGGGAAUGGGCCAUUGUUUGUGGAAAUGCAUUUUUACAUGAGAAAUGCUAAACCCGAUGAAAUCGAAAGUUGGAGAAGAAAAAAGAAUCUUCCAGCACUUGGCAUGCCUAAGUAUAUAAGCUCUGGAAGUCAUGAAUAUAAAAAUACAAAAUACCGGUUUGUAGUAAUGGAUCGGUAUGGUACAGAUUUAUGGAAGCUAUUCGAAGCGAAUAAUAGGAGAUUUCCAGAACACACAGUAUAUAAAGUAGCUUUACAAAUAAUACACGUACUGGAAUAUAUCCAUCAUAAAACGUAUGUUCAUGCGGAUAUAAAGGGAGCGAAUUUAUUAUUAGACUUAAAAUCUCAGAAUCAAGUUUAUCUUGUGGAUUUUGGAUUGGCUUCUCACUAUACUAAAGGUGAAUACAAAUUAGACCCAAAAAAGGCACAUAAUGGGACUCCUGAGUAUACCAGCAGAGAUGCUCACAUGGGAGUACCGACAAUGCGUGGUGAUUUUGAAAUCUUGGGUUACAACAUGAUCCAGUGGCUAUCUGGUACUCUUUUAUGGGAGAAAAAUUUAUCUGACAUAGUUCAUGUUCAGAAACAGAAAGAAAAAGCUUUUGAUAAUAUCCCAGAAUUUUUAAAGAAGUCUUUUCAAGGGUCAGUUCCGGGACCUAUACUUAAAUACAUGACCCUGCUGGCAAGUGUAAAAUACAAUGAAACGCCGAAUUAUGAAAAAUUUAUAAAAAUACUAGUGGACGGAUUAAAAGAAUUGUCGCACAAGCCAGAUGGAAAGUUGGAGUUCAAGGGCAAGGGCAGCGACACUCCGAGAAAUGAAGUCCAGAAAUCUACACCGCAGAGGCUAAAGAAACUAGUCGACGGAAGUAGAAAGAGUCCUCGGUCAAAACUGAUAAAACCAACAGUAAAUCUAAAUAAGCUGAACAAUCUAGAUGAUAGCACCGUAGACAUUGUAUUAGAUAAAAAACGGGGUGGUGUAAAAGAUAUUAAAGAAAUACUCGAAGACAUCGAUUCUGAUGAAGAGUAUGAUAUAAAAAUAGUUAAAAAGACGAGAAAACCUAAAGUUGCCCCGAGCAACUCAAAAGAAGAAAAGAGUCCGGUUAGGAACAGGAGAAGAAUAAAAAGAACAUAUGUCGAUUCGAUGUCAGAUCAAUCAGAACCAGAGGUCAUAUCCAAGGGUACUAGAUCGCGACCUACUGCGCGGAAAGUAAUGUCACCUAGAAGUCCACGAAAUUUACGAAAAGCAGUGAUAGACAGCGAGACUGCUUCUGACGAGGACAUGUUUACGACGUAAUUAUAUUGAAUUGUAUGUCUGAAGUAAAUAUUGGUUAUUAUGCGUGUUUAUACAAAUAAUUAUAUUUGGUGAGAUUGUACAUUGCUGUAUUUAUAAUGAGAUUUGUAAAUCUAUUGAUACAUCGAUUAUGCGAAAGGGUUAUUAUUUGCAAGUAUAUUUUGUUAUCCACGUAGUUCGAACUAAUUAAUAAGGUACAUUUCGACACACUCGCGCGUUAAAGAAUUGUAGAAAAUUUCAUUUACCUUGCUAAGUGCCUACUGUUAAACAGUAUUAAUUUUUGUAUACCACUAUGUGAACGAUGAAAAGAACACAGGUUUUUAUGUACAAAAAUUAUUAAUUAAAAAACAUUUUUUCAUGUA